UCUCUCUCUCUCUCUCUCACUCACUCACUCACACAGGCCGCUGCUGUGGCUUUGAUCUUCCCCUUAACAACAGUGCACGUCACUGGUUGCAUCGCACAGAAAGGGAGUUUUGUCAGGCGGAACGCGGUGCGAGAGUUGUUCAGUGGCUUGCAAGCAGCACAGACGGCAAGAGCGGCAUCAGGCAUCAGCACAAACCUCCGUCCUUGCCGAAAAAGCAGACUUUUAUAUAUAUAUAUAUACACACACACACACACACACACAUAUAUAUUUUUUUUCUUCUUUCUCUCAACUUUUACUUCCCUCCGUGCCAAAGUCAGCGCCGAAGCCAUGGAGCACCAGCUGUUCUGCUGCGAGGUGGAUACCAUAAGAAGAGCUUACCACGACGCCAACUUGUUGAAUGAUAGAGUUUUACAGACAAUGCUGAAAGCAGAGGAAAACUAUCUUCCCUCGCCCAAUUAUUUCAAAUGCGUGCAAAAAGAAAUUGUACCCAAAAUGAGGAAAAUCGUCUCCACAUGGAUGCUAGAGGUGUGCGAAGAACAGAAAUGUGAAGAGGAGGUUUUCCCUUUGGCCAUGAACUAUUUGGACAGGUUUCUGUCUGUCGAACACACUAAAAAGACGCGACUGCAGCUGCUGGGAGCCGCCUGCAUGUUCUUGGCCUCCAAAAUGAAGGAAACUGUGCCAUUAACAGCUGAGAAGCUUUGCAUAUACACCGACAACUCCAUCCGCCCCUGCGAACUAUUGCAAAUGGAGCUGCUUGUACUGAAUAAGCUGAAGUGGGAUCUAGCCUCGGUGACACCACAUGACUUCAUUGAACAUUUUCUCACCAAACUGCCCAUUCAUCAGAGCACCAAACAGAUUCUGCGUAAACACGCACAGACGUUUGUGGCUCUCUGCGCAACAGAUGUCAACUUCAUCGCAAGCCCUCCCUCGAUGAUUGCGGCAGGAAGUGUUGCCGCAGCUGUGCAGGGACUCUACUUGAAAGGCGCCGACAGUUCUUUAUCCUCCCAGAACCUCACCAACUACCUGUCCCAAGUUAUCAGGAGUGACCCAGAUUGCCUUCGAUCGUGCCAGGAGCAGAUCGAAUCUCUGCUGGAGUCCAGUCUGAGGCAGGCACAGCAGCAAAGCAUCUCCACAGAAAGCAAACGCGUGGAGGAGGACGUGGAUCUCUCGUGCACUCCUACAGACGUCAGGGACAUUAACAUCUGAGGGUAUCGGCCUACGUCUAGAGUCUUGUUUUUUCAUUGGGUUAAUGGGCUUUGACCAGAGGAUUCAUGGGUCUAGAGGGCACACAGCCCCCCACACCACCAGAGCCCACACAGACACCUCAACCAAUCCUAAUCAGCCCCUCAGAGUGCCCUCGCUGACCCCUCAGUGGCACCCCUAGUGGCCUUCAUGAUUGGGCUGUUGCUGGCCAGGACCACCAGAAGAGGACAAGGGAAGGAUAAAAUCCCUGAUCAUCCCUUCCACAUUGCUUAUUUCUGUCUUUUUCAAACCCUCUUCACGUAACUUGAGUAAAAAAAAAAAAGACAAAAAAUGUAUAGUUAAUCUAGGAUUUUUUAAAUUGCAACAGCUGCAUAUAUUAUUUAUGUAGUUGGUACUUGUCAAAUGUACAGACAAGGAAAUAGGUUGGUAAUUUUAUUUUAAGUGUAUCAAUAACCAUUAUUUGAAAGAGAAGAGGCAUUAUUUUUGUUUCUUUUUGUCUCUUUCUUUUAGCUAGUAUAAUGUCACACAUGCUAACAGUCACCCCAGCCUUUUUUUUUUUGCAGUCUAGGCAUGUGUAUGUAUCCCCGCUUGCUUAUGCGUUUAGUCACUUUAUUCUAUUGUCUAGACUUUUAAAAUCCCUAACAUGUUUCUUUUUCUUUCAAAAUGGCUUGUGUAACCCUAGUAUAUUUUGUUUUAAGCAUGUGUUAUUCUAUGUUAUGAUUUAGAGGCCUGUGGAUUGCCAAAGCUAAGGCUUUAACUUUAACACCAGACAGAACCAUUUACAUUUUCCCCAGUUUUCUUGUUUGUUUGUUUGAUUGUCCUCACUGCCAAUGCCAUCACUGGUUGUGACACAAUAAGCUUCUCUCCUACCCACUUCCUAUGUUACAUUCACAGUGCAAUCCAGUCUACUUUCUGUUUAGAUUUAUGUAUUAUAAUCUAAAACCAUUCCAUUCAAAAAAAAAAGCACUUUCAGUCCGUCUUCUAAGGCUGACUUAUGAGAAAGAAUCUACAUUUGUAAAACAAAACUGAAAAAAAAAAACAUGGAAUGGAGUAGGAUUUGACGACAGGUUUAUUUUCCUGUCUGCAGCAUGGAGCAGGUCUCUUUAUGGUGUUAUAGAUUAGAGAAAGAAAUGGAGAGUUGGGAAUGAAAUGGAUUCUGAGAACAGCAAAGGAGCAUUACAGCAACCAUCGUUAUCCUACUGGCUGAGAUGGAUGCUGGAGAAAGUUGAGGUGCAAUCUCGAUGAGAGCGACCCAUGCAAGCCUUCCACCGUUCAGCUCCAGGCGCGUUGAUGCAUUUAAAACACUAAAGUAAAAAAAAAAAAUAGCUAUAACAAAGAUUGAGAACUAUUUAUUUUGUUCUAUUCCCCCUCGUAUAAGGCCAGUAUGGAACGUGACAACAGGAUGCCUGAGUUUUCAAGUGUGCCCAAUGCACGACUGUUUGCUACCUUGUGUGAAAUGUUUUUUUUUUGGAAGAUCAGAGAAGCGCCAUAGUUAUUGUUCAGAUCUGACAAACUCUGGAAAAAAAAACAGAAUUACAAGAGAAAACAAAGUGCUGUGGCCUCGAGAAGAUUUUGCACAAACCCCAAGAUUUAAUGUCCUCUCUCAACUCUCGGUGGAGGAGAAACAGGGACGAAGACGGAUGUUAGCGGUGGAAGAGUGAGACGUUAAAAGGGGUGACGCCUGGACAUCGGAAAGUAACUGCAGAACUAAACUAAGGUGUUUGUACAAUGAUAAAAGAAGAGAACACGGGAGCACACACUCCUCAUAUUUAGCUGCUAUGGUGGGAUUUCCGGCAAGUAUGAAACUUUGAAUGAAAAAAAAGAAAAAAAAGGAAAAAGACAUGCUUUGUUCUCUUGUCUUGUUUUGCUGCUAUUUUUGGUUUUGUCUAUGUAUAAUGUCAAUAUACUGCCAUAGGUUUUUAAUUUUCUCAUAGAAAAUUAUGAUAUUGACAUCUGUUUCUUUUGGUAGUUUUUUAUGUGAUCAGUUUUUAUUAAUGUGAUUUCUGCGCUAUUCCAAAAAAAAGAGGAAAAAAAAAGAAAAAAAUAGACAAAUGUUCCUGUUUUACCCACAAUACCUCAACCAGUCGUGAUUAGUAAUGAUGAUUUUUUUUUCCUCAGUUCUGUAUUUUGUUUUACUUUGUUAUUCAGUGUCUGCUAGUCCGGUAAUUGGACACCCAUUAUACAUUACAUUCUCCUUCUGGGUCCUGAUAUGAGCAAAAAAAGAGAGAGAGAGCACAUUAAAUGAAAUUGGUGCCAUAAACAGCUUGAUUAUAUAACUCAUUUGAGUUUUUAACUGUUUCAUUAAAAGAGACUUUUAUGCCCCUGCCUUUCUUUCGGCCCCUUGUGGCCAGGUCUAAAUGUAUUUAUGAAGCUUUUGUUCAAAUUGAAAGCAGAUAUGAAUUUGUGAAUUUUUACAAAGCCAUAGUAUUGUAGUAAUUUAACAUGGCUCCCAUGUCUGAAGCUGGAUAUGUUGCUUUGAACACAGGAAGUUUGGCAUGUUAAAAUCACGUGUGUCAAUAUCACAAUAAAUGGCAUGUAGAUGCAACCAGCAGUAGUUCUUUCCUUUUUCAUAUUGCAUUCAUGGGAUAUUUACAAAAUUGUAAAACAUUUUAAACAUGUCGAUCCCUCUUUCCCAAUCCCUUUCCCGUUUAGCCACAAACCUGGUGCUGCUGUGUGUUCUGCAUUGUGACUGGAGAUAGUACUUUUAUCUAAAGAGGUGCAAAUUGGAGUUGUAGGGUGAGCUCAAGGCUAACCCAGGACCCAGGGGGACAAAACCAUGCAUUAUCCUCUGUAUAGUAUCAGGAAUGUUUGUUACCUCAAGACAAAAAAGUCUAAUGAGCUGUGUGUUUCACAAGGCAAGAUAUAUUGGUUUAUAAAUAAAUAAAUAAAUGUAAAAGAAAAGACCAGCUGGUGUACAGGUUUUCACCCAAGUUUUUCUUUUGAAUGUGCAAGGAGAGAUACUGACUCAGACAGUGUCAGAGAAGUCACUGCAUCCUCCUUUCUCAAACCCUAAAAAGCUUGUCUUUGUGUCUUGCAAAUGAGACAAAAGCAGUUGCUCUUUUUAGUCUUUUUAGUCUUGAAUGGUGUUAAUCAAGGAACACUCGAAUGGAUAUGGUGAUGACCCAGAAAUAAAAUGUCACUUCAUGUGUUUUUUUUUUCUUUGCUGGUCCGAAAUGCACAAUCUUUCCUUGCAGACCCAUCCUAGACAUUAUGUUAGCUAGAAUUAAAGUUGAGCUACAAAACC